CGAAAGGAGAAAGUGAUAAGCUGCCAUCGUUCGGACGCUUGGCGCGCGCCCACGACACGGUCGUUGGUUCUUCGUUCCUGCCUCUGUUGUUGUUGAGGUUAACCCCGAUGGAUUUGGUCGCCGGAGGAGUGCUGCACGGGCGCUUGCCUAUCAGGGCACCGAGAUUUCCUCCAGUGCUCCGCUCGUUGCCCGCCCCUACCGUGGCGGUCAGUGCCGCACGCCCAUGCCCGCCAAUCGUUCGUCGGAAUGCGCCAGCGGUGGUGCCGUUCGCCAAGAAGAAGAGGAAGGGGUAUAGAGACGACCCGCCGGAUGAGGAGGCGGGGGCGGCGGAGGAUUUCUUCGAUGAAUUGGAGGAGGACGAGGAGGUGGAGGAGGAAGAAGAGGAUUUCGACGACGACGAUGAAGGUGAUAUAAUGGAUGAGGACGAGGACGACUAUGACUUUGAAGAUGAUUUUGAGAGUGAUGAUGAACAGGAUCUUUACGUUGGAGAUGGAGGCGCUGGAGGUGGUAUAUCACUAGCUGGCACAUGGUGGGACAAGGAAGCAUUGGCUUUGGCAGAGCAGGUCUCAGCAUCAUUCGAUGGCGACUUGAAAAUCUAUGCUUUUAAGACAGCUGCAAAUUUAACCAUCAGAGUACGCAUUGAGAAGAUGUCCACCAGGUAUGGUUCUCCAACAAUAGACGACAUUGAAGCAUACACAAUCGCAUACCGUGCAAAGUUGGACGAUGCAGAGUCAGCAGGAAAAAUACCACAGAACAUAUCCUUGGAGGUGUCAUCCCCUGGUGUGGAGAGAGUUGUUCGUGUCCCUGAAGAGCUCGAACGCUUCAAAGAACGGACAAUGUACGUCAGAUAUACUACAACAAGCGAUGAGGCAGCAGCCACACCUCAGGAAGGUGAUGGCGUGCUGAGGCUAAUUUCCUAUGACAUGGACCUGCGAGAGUGCACCUGGGGCAUAGCUGACGUGAAGAUAAACCGGCAGCAGGCCGGCAAGGGCAGGCCCCUGAGCAAGAAGCAGAGGGAAUGGCAGCUGCAGACGCCAUUCGAGUCCCUGAAGCUGGUCAGGCUGUACUCUGAAUGUUGAGAUGCCAGUUUUCUGAGAAAAUUUUCAGUGUCCAUUUGCCCGUAGUCCUUCAGUUUGUCCAGUCUUGCUGAAUUCUGAUAGGUCACAAUCAAUGAUGAGAUAAGCGUUUCUACUGCUAGCAGAUAACACCAGAGGUUUAGCCGUUUAGCUCGCAAAAGAGAAUGUUCGUUGCCUCGUUCUUGACAGUAACACAUGCACUUGAUUCAUUGCUUAUCUUCUCCUAGAUAUCUGCCUAA